CCCUUCUCCCUCCUUCUCCUCCCCCAUCCUCCUCCUCUUCCCUCUUCCUCACUCCUUCUCCUCUCCACUCCUUCUCCCUUCUUCUCCUUCUCCACCUCACUUCUCUCUUCUCCUCACUUCUCUUUCUCCCUCCCCCUCCUCCCUCCCACCUCCUUCUCCCUUCUCCCUCCUCCACCUGCUCUCCCCUAUUUCUCCUUCCUUCUUCUCCUUCUCUUCCUCCCUUCUACUCCUUCCUCACCUUCCUCUCCUCACUUUUCCUCCCUUCUUUUCCCCUGCCUCCUCCUUCUCCCUUCUUUUUCCCUCCCUCCUCCUUCCCCCUUACUUCCCCUGCAGCCACUCUCACCUCCAGCUGCCCCCAGCCCACUUUUGGUGCAGGAGAGAUGGAGAAGCUGCUCUGGCUCUGGCUCUGCCUCUCAGGGCUGCUCUUGGCUCUGCUGGCCCCAGCAGGGUGCUCGAUGGACCCUCAGGACUUGGAGGAUGCAGACAGGGCACAGGCGUUGGGAGCCCAAAGCAGUCACAGCUUCGCCUCCGGCAUCAAACGGCACUCGGAGGGGACCUUCAGCAGCGACUUCAGCCACUACCUGGACCGGCUGAGGGCAAAGGACUUCGUGCGGUGGCUCCUCAGCAGCAGCAGCAGGGACAGCUCCAGCAAGAGGUACCUGAAGGAGAAGCCCAGCAGAGACCUCCCCCCAGCUGCACUCCCACCCCUGUACAGCUGAAGGGGCACAGAAGGCUCCAGGCUGGGGAGGGCACAGCAGCCCCCAGCAGCCCCACAGCUGCCAGCACAGCUGCUGCUGCUGCUCCAUCACCUCCUGAGGAUCACCCUGGGCCUGCUCCAUCACCUCCUGAGGACCACCCUGAGACUGCUCCAUCACCUCCUGAGGACCACUCUGAGCCUGCUCCAUCACCUCCCCAGGACCACUCUGAGCCUGCUCCAUCACCACCUCCCCAGGACCACUCUAAGCCUGCUCCAUCACCUCCUGAGGACCACUCUGAGCCUGCUCCAUCACCACCUCCCCAGGACCACCCUGGGCUCUCUCCACCUUCUCUGUACCCUCUCCCCUGGGCCCCAGCUCGUCCCUCCCCCACAAUAAAGCCUCUGCCAAGCCCA